AUGGGCAGUCUCAAGCCCCAAACUUUGUACACCAUUCUCUUUAUUCUUGUGUCCAUUCAAGGCCAAGCCUUGUGCAGCAUUUACAAGGUUGGAGAUUUACAUGCUUGGGGCACUCCCAUCUCUGAAAAUCAACAAAUCUACAACAUAUGGUCCAAAAAUCACAAUCUCAGAAUUGGUGACUCCCUUUACUCUGUGAUCCAGGUGAGUAGAGAAGCGUACAACGUUUGCAACUUGAAAGAUCCAAUCUUGUACAUGAACAAUGGCAAUUCAUUGUUCAACAUAACAAGGGCAGGUGACUAUUACUUCACAAGUGGGGUUGAAAGCCAUUGCCUUAAAUCCCAAAAGCUGCACAUCUCUGUGAACGGGAUUAAUGGGUCCUUUGCUGGGGCAGAUUCGCCUGCGUACGGUCCAUCGACCGCCGCUGCACCCUCUUAUCCGACCGUUUUCGGCUCGAUUCCGGUGACGGCUUCUGAGUCUUCUGGUUCGCCGGAAGUUAAUAAUCCGGGUUUCUUGUUCACGGCCGCGGCUGGUAUUUUAAUUUUUCUCGGGUUGUGA